AUGGCUACGGACGCCGGAAGAAGGCUGCCACGGCUCCCCACUGAGGUCUGCGACAUGAUCAUUGACUGCCUCUCCACCGACAUCAAGACCCUCCGCAACUGCGCCUUGGUUUGCCGCGCCUGGCACCAUCGCACCGUUCUAUGGUACGGCCGUCUCGACAUGACCUUCCGUACACUAUGGGACGUCAUUGACUUAACGCAGACCGUCUCUGCGCGGUGGUGGGGGCCCGAGACCGUCACGGUCUAUGGCGACGUGCUCUCGGAAGCCCUGACCUUGAGUCAUUUGGGAAUGCUGGCGGGGACAGUCAUGGACAGAUGGCGGCGGGUGCGGAGAUUAUGCGUGCGCGAUGGGCAGUGGGGCAUGGCCGAGGCACAUCUCCCACUGCUGAAGCCUCUCAGUGUCGCGUUUGGCGCGUCGAUCGCAACCCUCACCCUCGAUCGCGUCGUCCUCGCCUCUGCCGCCAUCUUCGCCAACAUCUUCGCUGCCCUUCGCUGCGUCUCCUGGGCGUCCUGUCGCGAUGUCGUCUUUGAGGAUGAUACAUUGCAGCCCUUCGCGAUCCCUGAUCUGCGUGCCUCCGCCACGAAAGUGCCCGUCUUGAAGCUAUAUAUAUCAGGCGUGGCACCUUCAUUGGCCGUGAUCGCAUACGCUUUGCGCGCAGUCGACAUCACGACACGUGCGGAUGCGAUUGACAUCGCAUGGGAUGUCCUAGACUUCGAAGACGAGCCGACGCCACAGGCGGCCCUUGCAGAACGGACAAGCACCGCAAUCAUAUUACAAGCUGCGGACGUGUCCUUGCGUGCUUUGAAUAUCUCUAUUCCCCAUCAGGAUGACCGCGUCCUCUCGCUUGCUGCGCACGAUCGCCUCGAGCGCUUGAUCAUCAAUGUUUCGCUUCUUUCCCCACAGGCCGAUGGAGCCUGGGUUGUGCGCGCACUGGAGAGCAUCACCUCACCAGUCCUGCACUCGAUCAACCUCAACUUCGACAUGAGCGCGCGCAGCGUCGGCGUCCAUUACAGCCUGGAGCGCUCGCUGUUCCCCGUCCUCGAUACUGUGCUUGCCGACACGCUUGCUCCACGAACAUUGCUGGACAACGUCGAGGUGAAGGUUGGCCACCCGGAUCACACAGACGAGGAAGGUUUGGGGCCGCCUCGCGGGUUAGGGGGCUGCUUCCCCAAGCUUGAAAAGCGGAAGAUAAUAAGCGGGCCAAUGUCGCAAUCAGAUGAGUUGACAGGUGGCUUGACGGAUGUGGUUCCGCCACAAGCCAGUACCAUCGAACCCGCCGUCUUCUGGAGCAACGCAUCUCUCCUUCCUUCUCCUGUCAAUAACCAAAGCCACAACAAACUUUCCCUACAGUUCUCAUCAAGGAUGCCCGCAGAAAUGACUGCCCAACCACUCGGGUCUAAAUCACCCCAAAUCCUCUCCUCUGUGGAGGUAUACAAAUUCUCCAAUGAUGGCAGAGACUACGGCAAUGUCACCGACAAAUGCCAACAGGCGCUCGGCGGCAAAUACGGUGGCCCGAGUUGCGUCGUUAAACUCAUUGUGGACAUCGCCGUAGGCGCGGGUUCGAGUCCCGGCAGAUUCCAGGACCACAACGACCUGAAGACCGCGGCGAGUUGUCUUGCUGAUCUUCUCGAGAAGGCUGUCAACCUUCAUACCAUCCAUCUCGGCUCCUUUGGCGCACUCCUAUCCGUAGAACCCCGCAUAGCACCCGCCAUCCUUGCUCUACCCAGCUUGCGCAGCUUCAGCAUCUCCUGGCUCAGCGACGGUACGCUGGCUCGGCGUUUCCUCUCGCUUAUGCAUCACAAGCUGGAUAAAUUGCACAUUCAGGCCCUUUGGACCGACGAAAAGGUUAACGUGUACGACGUCAUCGGCUCAAUCAGAAACAUGGAAAUCGACACCCUCGAACUGGAAGACAUUCAAGGGGAACCUCCUAGGGGGCAUUCCACCACCCUUGGUUUCUCGUUGCCGUCAGUGCGCGAGCUAACCUUUCGGAAGUGUCGUGUCUCGAUGGCAAUGCUUGCCAGUGCGUUCCCUAGCUUAAAAGUGCUGCGAGUCGCAGGGCUAAAGUUGCCUUAUCGCGAUGACUAUUGGGUGAGCCUUGACGACGCAGACGCUGGCUCCUGGACAAGCUUGGAUCACGCAGAGGGACCUUCGUGGUUCUUUGAGAAAUGGUCGCCUACGUUCCCGAUCCGCUGCGUCUUGCUCACGGAUCGUUUCGCUUGCACCGGUCGGUCACCAAUGUCAGACCCCCAAAUCGUGCGCCAAAACACUCUACGUCUAGUCAAGCGGAAGUGCCCUGAGGUGCUUACUUUCCCGAUUCUAGUGAACUCGGCGCCAGCCCCGUCCGGCUCUCCUACUCCUGAUUCGCUGCGCUUUGACAAUAGCAACGCAUACUUAGGGCAAGCAGACUUCUGGCAGUCCUUUUUUGCAAGUGCCUCCAGGCUGCGCGUCCUGAAGCUCGUUCUUUAUGUUCCUCGUAAGACGAAGGACUUGAUGGCGGUCCUCAAGCCAUACAUGAGGCUACUCUCUGAUGAUCUUGGUGGUCUGCGGGACCUGGUUUUCGUACGGCUGGCCGUCGUAUAUCAUGUGGACCCUGCUUCGAAGCUGCCCAUACCUAUGACUUCGGAGCAAGAAGAUAUGCUGGCAUCGACGCUUCUCGGGGGGAAGUCUAUCCGUGUAGCGUCCUUGUCAUUUUCAACCUGGCAAGACAUGGCCGGUACAAAGCGUUUGGUGCCUGUCCGGAGCGCGGCAUGGAGAAGAGACAAUAGGCAGGUUGUGGACAGACUUGAGCCUAGCACGGUGGAACAUGAAGAGGAGAUCUACAAACGCAUCAUAGCACCCAAUUCCAACUACAGUACCGAUUUGUGA